GCGGGGGCGGGGCCGGAGCUGGCGCGGAGCAGUCCCCGGGAUCAGAGCCGCUCGCGGGUGGCGGUCCCGAGCCAUGGCUCUGCGCUGCGGGCGCUGGUGGCGCCGGCCGGCGUGGUCUCGGACCCGGCCGCCUCCCGCCCGGAGUCCCCUGAGUAGGAGCCGGGCGCUUCCGGGGCUGGAUGGGAGCGCAGGAGGCCUGCGAGCUCCGGGCUUCUGCCGGCUGUUCUCCACACAGGAACUGACCCCACAGAUCUGUGUGGUGGGCAGUGGCCCUGCUGGCUUCUACACAGCCCAACACCUGCUAAAGCACCACCCCCGGGCCCGCGUGGACAUCUACGAGAAGCAGCUCGUGCCUUUCGGCCUGGUGCGCUUUGGGGUGGCGCCCGACCACCCUGAGGUGAAGAAUGUCAUCAACACCUUCACCCAGACGGCUCGCUCUGACCGCUGUGCCUUCUGGGGCAACGUGGUGGUGGGCAGGGACGUGUCGGUGCCAGAGCUGCGGGAGGCCUACCAUGCCGUGGUGCUGAGCUAUGGGGCAGAGGACCAUCAGGCCCUGGAAAUCCCCGGGGAGGAGCUGUCUGGUGUGUUUUCGGCUCGGGCCUUUGUGGGCUGGUACAAUGGGCUUCCUGAGAACCAGGAGCUGGCGCCAGACCUGAGCUGUGACACGGCCGUGAUUCUGGGGCAGGGGAAUGUGGCUCUGGAUGUGGCCCGGAUCCUGCUGACCCCGCCUGAGCACCUGGAGAAAACAGACAUCACGGAGGCCGCCCUGGGGGCGCUGAGGCAGAGUCGAGUGAAGACAGUGUGGAUCGUGGGCCGGCGAGGACCCCUGCAAGUGGCCUUCACCAUUAAGGAGCUUCGGGAGAUGAUUCAGUUGCCAGGAACCCAGUCCAUUUUGGACCCUGCAGAUUUCUUGGGCCUCCAGGACAGAAUCAAGGAGGCCCCCCGCCCGAGGAGGCGGCUGACAGAACUGCUGCUUCGAACAGCCACAGAGAAGCCAGGCGUGGAGGGGGCUGCCUGCCAGGCAGUGGCCUCCCGUUCCUGGGGUCUCCGCUUCUUCCGAAGCCCCCAGCAGGUGCUGCCCUCCCCAGACGGACAGCGGGCAGCGGGCAUCCGCCUGGCAGUCACCAGGCUGGAGGGUGCCGGUGAGGCCACCAAGGCUGUGACCACGGGAGACACAGAGGACCUCCCAUGUGGGCUGGUGCUGAGCAGCAUUGGGUAUAAGAGCCGCCCCAUCGACCCCAGCCUGCCCUUUGACCUUACACUUGGUGUCAUCCCCAAUAUGGAGGGCCGGGUUGUGGAUAUCCCAGGCGCUGCUGCAGGACCUUCAGGCGGGGCUGCUGCCCUCCGGGCCCAGGCCUGGCUACGCGGCCAUCGAGGCUCUGCUCAGCGGCCGAGGGGUCCGGCCGGUCUCCUUCUCGGACUGGGAGAAGCUGGAUGCCGAGGAGGUGUCCCGGGGCCGGGGUGCGGGGAAGCCCCGGGAGAAGCUGGUGGAUCCUCAGGAGAUGCUGCGGCUGCUGGGGUCCGGUGCCUAAAUCUCAGCCUCUGGCGGCGAAGGGGAGGGGUGCCACGCAAGGGAGAGGGGCCAGGGCAGCCAGCAGCUGCAGCGCCUGCCCGCCUGGUGUGGCAGCUUGCCUGCAUCCCUUUUCCAGGGGACUCUCAGAACUUCCUCCUGUGAGAAGGUUGCCCUGCCAGCGUGAUUACCGUAGUUAGGGAUGGGGGGGGUGCAGACGGACCUUGCUCCCCUUCCCCCUUUCUCCUGCUGGACGGUGGGGAGGUCACCAGGAGGGAAUAGGCUAGAAAUAAACAGCUGCCACCAAA